GCAGCUGACAGGCGGCGGCCGGGCGAGGGAGCUUCGAGGAUGGCGGCGGCCGCGGCGCUGAUCCUGCGGGAGAGCCCCAGCAUGAAGAAAGCAGUGUCGCUGAUUAAUGCAAUAGAUAUAGGAAGAUUUCCACGAUUGCUCACCCGAAUUCUUCAAAAACUUCACCUGAAGGCUGAGAACAGUUUCAGUGAAGAAGAGGAAGAAAAACUUCAAGCCGCAUUUUCUCUAGAGAAACAAGAUCUUCACCUAGUUCUUGAAACAAUAUCAUUCAUUUUAGAACAGGCAGUAUAUCACAACGUGAAGCCAGCGGCUUUGCAGCAGCAGUUAGAGAACAUUCGCCUUACACAAGACAAAGCAGAAGCAUUUGUCAAUGCUUGGUCUUCUAUGGGUCAAGAGACAGUUGAAAAAUUCAGGCAGAGGAUUCUUGCUCCCCACAAGCUAGAGACAGUCGGAUGGCAGCUUAACCUUCAGAUGGCUCACUCUGCUCAAGCAAAACUAAAAUCUCCUCAAGCUGUGUUACAGCUAGGAGUGAGCAAUGAAGAUUCAAAGAGCCUGGAGAAAGUUCUUGUGGAAUUCAGUCACGAAGAGUUGUUUGAUUUCUAUAACAAGCUAGAGACCAUACAAGCACAGCUGGAUUCCCUUACAUGAUGUUCUCAAAGACUGGUUUCUCCAUCACACUCCUGCCACCUCGCUAUUUUGCAUUGAAGAUAGACUGCCAGCUUGUAUUUUCUGAAGGAUUCGGUAGCUUUCUUCUUGUAAAUUAUAUGGCUUAUUGCUUCUUAGACAAAUAACAGCCAAGGGAGAUCAUUGUUCUGAGUACUGAGGUUCUAAAAUAUAUUCUCUAGUUGUAUGAGCCAACAGAAAGCAAUUGUUACUUUUGCAUUAAAGGAAAAAAGUAAAUACCAUAUUGUUCUUACUGUCCUAUUUUUGUUUUAUUUCCUGACCUGUUUAUUUUUUACAUACUUGACACCUUUAUGUAUCAAGGAGGAUCCAUGGAUACAAGGUAUAAUGUAUACCUUAGAAUACAGAACUUCAGUAAUUACAUUAAUAAACAUAGGAAAGCAGCCACAUGCAAUCAAAUACAUUAUGGUAUUUUUCCUUGAAUAUAAUGAGUAUAUUUUGCUUGAGAAAUAAUAUAAGAAAGAAAUUUAAAAUAGAGCUAGUAGUAGUAUAUCAGUUAAUUUCAGUGUGAACUUCUCUGUGUGCUUUAACAUUUCCUCUGAGUUUAACGAUUUAAUAACAAUUCAGGUUUUUGUGUGCUUUUCUUUGUACUGCAAAUUAAUAAUGAUCUGCUUCAUAGUGUAAGAGACAGAUUCAGAUCAUGAAUAAAAAUAAUUGUAAUGAGUGCUAAAUGGUUGUUCUUAAAUUUCAAAACAGAUACUUUUUACAUUCUCUUUCUGUAAAUAUGUUAAUUACAGUCAAUAAAAUUUUUAUGUCUUCAAAUUA